AUGGGGUCAGAGUUGUGCCGGAAACCGCCCGAAAUACGAAAACCGUCCGGCGCCGGUGGCGUGGCCUGCGAACCCGCGUGGCCGUGGCCUGAGGUCGGCCGCUUCCCGGUUUUCCCGACCAUGGGAGCACUUCCGAGCGUAAUGGAUUUACGGCUUCCCAUCUUGUGGUUGCUGUUAGCGGCAGAGCUUUCCGUGGGAUUGCACAACGUUCGCGUCACGGUUCCGACGGCCGUCCGGAAAGGCGAUCCGGUGCAUCUGUACUGCGAGUACGAGCUGGAGGACAACGAGCGGCUGUACUCGAUCAAGUGGUACAAAGGCAAGCGGGAGUUCUAUCGCUAUACGCCCCAGGUGCACCCGUCGGUGCAGGUCUUCAGCAGCGUCAAUGGCAUCGUGGUUGAGCGGUCACUCUCCAACGAAAGCCACGUCGCCAUGAAGGCGGCCGGGGCGAACUACUCGGGAAAGUACAGCUGCGAGGUGUCGGCUGAUGCGCCCUCUUUCCACACGAUCAUCGUCUCCGGCGAUAUGGAAGUUGUAGAACCACCCAACCAGCAACCAUCGGUGACGGGCAUCCAGGCGCGGUAUCGCCCGGGCGACAUCCUGCGGGCCAACUGCACCUCGCACAAUUCUAAACCGGCGGCAAAUUUGACGUGGACGAUUAAUGAUGUACCGAUCCCCACGCAGUACGUCAAGCUGUACCGGCCGAUAAAGGACACGUUCACCGGACUGGAGACAUCCAUCGCCGGCGUCAACUUUAUGGUGUCCCACGACCACUUCGUGAAGGGAAAGCUGAAGCUAAAGUGCGCGGCAUCGAUACACCAGCUCUAUCACGAGGCCGUCGAGCAGCUCGUACCGGAAGAUCGACCCCGGAUACUGGCGACCGGUGUUUCGGCCAGCGGGCACAGCAUCAGCCUCUACCAUGGGACGGUACACGAAGGCGAACAGACGGAUCAGAACGACGCUUCCCUGACCGUGAACGGCUACAAAGCGGACAAAUCAUCGCCACUUCCGUCCACCUCGGGCGGGCUGCAGAUCGAUUCGUACGUCAAGGUGUGCUGGGUGACGUUCUACAUCUGCAUCAUCUGCACGGUGAUGGUCUACUCGAUACGCUACCUGAUGGUCACCUGACCCCAGCAGAGGGAGGCCAAGAGUGGUGCCGGUUCAGCGAAUGCUUCGCUAGCCGAGGGGACGUCGCUCGAGUUGGAUCCACUUCCGGGCAGCUACCCCGUGCCACCGCCCCCGUCGGCGGCCACCAUCUCUUCGUCAGCCCUCGUCAACGUCGACAGCUGCGUCCUGUUCGUUCCGCGGUGAUGCAACACGUUGCAAAAGAACGUCCCAGCAAC